AGAGUAACAUCGAUUUCUUCAAUAUAAAUAUUGUGUCGUCCAUCACUAAUGAAAAUGAAAGAUAUACCGUUUCACCACUUUGUCGCUCAACAGUUAAAGGAUUUACAAACGUAAAGAUUGAAAAAGAUAGCCGAAAAAGUGCAUUGACGGGGCGUAAGAGCUGCCGUGUUGCAAUUCAACGUUGGCUGCGCAAGAAGCCAAUCAAUUAUUCUUCUACAGCCAAACGCGCCAAACAACAAACUAACAAGAUGGCGGAUGAUGAAGAUUGUCAAGAGCAGCUAACAUCCCUGGUGGAACAGCAUACAUCUUUAUUCUCAUUAAAUUCAUCUUCUUCAUCUGGUUCCUCCUCUCCAACUGAUACCCCGAGCCAUCCUGCCAAACGUUGUUUCGGACCCAAAUAUAAACUGAUAAGUGAAGGCGAUCUGCUGGUCUGUCGUCUUAACCAUACACGGACAAUUAUAAGUAAAAUAAUGAAUUCAAAGUAUUUACGUCGUUGGGAACAACACCAUAUAAUAUUAACCGAUAAAGAUAUUACAUCUGCUAAAGCAUCAGGAUUUAUGGAGGAUAAAAUUCCAUACUCUAUGAUAGAAGAUGUUAAUAUUGUUUCUAGAUGGGACGCUGGUCAUAGAUUCUGUUUGAGAAUUACCAUUCCGGAUGGAUCGUUAUUAUUACAGACUCCUAACAUAUACAUACGGGACCAAUGGAUGCACUCUGUUCAAUGGAAGCGCCAUAGUAUGAAAUAUUUAAAACUUCUUUUAUACUCGCAAAGGCCAGAAGUGCUACUUAAAGAAAUAAAGAACAUGGUCGAUAUGACGCUGACUACUUACAUACAAGAUGAUUGCGUCAGACAGUUUCCUCUAGAGGUUAUAUCUAGAGUGCUACAAGAGAAAAUGAACUUAAUUAGUGAAUCUGAACAUGAACAAAUCAUCAUAUGCAUGACGCCAUUAUUAGAAAACACUCAUCCCACACAGGAAAUCUGCGAUUUUUUUAGCACGCAUUGUAAGAAUAGCCCUAGGUCGCAGUUGGUCAUAGAUUUAUUUACUCCAGUAGUUAUUCGUAUACUAAAACACAAUAUGGACUUUGGAAAAUACCCACGUUCAAGAGCAUUUAUACAGGACUAUUUACAGUCCUUGAGCUCUCUUAAUGAUAAUAAACGAGCCAUAAAAGACUUAGUGAAAAGAAUACAUGGUCUUGGAAGCGUUUGUCCACAUCCUCGGGUACUACCAAACGUUAUUGCAGUUUGUCUAGCUGCGUUAUACAGUUGCUAUGAAGAAUUAAAACAAUUUAACUUAAACUGGUUUUCUACGAGUGAAAUUAAUCAAAAAAUAUCUUGCUACUGUUCGGUAUUCGAAAUGGCGUCAGAGUAUGAUGACUGGAGGCCUACUUUAGGCUCUCUCUUACAACCAAUUCCUUUUCCGGAAGCAGCUCUAGGUCACACAUUCUUUGCGCAACAAAUUUUGCCGACAAUUCGGUCUAUUGCUGCUGACAGUCGUUGUGUUGUUCAUAAUACUGUAUUGGGAAUUCGCGAUGGUAAAGAGGGUUGGUGGAAUUUAUUUUGUCCGGGAGGAAUUUGUUGCGUGGACGAUGGUGAACUGUUUGGUCUAAUGAUAAAGACUUUAAUGAACUGUUGCUGCCGACGGAAAAGGUUCCUGGAAGGUAUGUCGAAGAUGAUUAGCCCCUGUAUGCUACUCGCCUUACGAGAUAAUACACCUGCCAUGGAUGUUUUAUGUGCGAUGCUGGAAUUCGAAACCACCUCUUCCCCCGAUCUUAAAAUGCAAAUGAUAACGACUUUACAAAGUACUAAAGUUGGCAAGAAAAUGUACACCAGCUUAUGCGAAAGACAAAUAGCUUUAAGAGAAUUACAGCAGCGCGGUGGUCCUCGAAAAUUAACAUUACCUUCAAAAUCAACAGAUGCUGAUUUAUCAAAAAUGCUUUCAUCCGGUUCUUUCGGGAAUCUAGAAUGUUUAAGUUUAGCUUUCACACAAGUUACCUCAGCUUGUGCGAAAGAUUUAAUCAAGUUACCUGCUCUUCGAUAUUUAAAUCUUUGGUCUACGCAGUUUGGGGAUUGUGGUUUACAGUUGCUUUCUGAGCACAUGCAUAAGCUUCAAGUCCUUAAUCUAUGUGAAACGCCCGUAACGGAUAGAGGAUUGUCGUGCCUCGUUUCUAUGAAAAACUUAAGAAAGCUGAAUCUGAAUAGUACGUCACUUUCUGCCUUAACUUUCGAAAGCCUCAAGGAAAAACUUCCAGCUCUUCAAGAAUUUGACGUUAGGUAUACAGAUGCUUGGUAAUUAAACUGUAUAUGCUUAAGAAAAACAAUGGAGAAAAACUGAUUUGUCAUUCUUUGUAUUGUAUUCAGUGUUCUAUGUUCUGAUUAUGUAUUUUGUGAUCUGUAAUAAGUGGCUUUUGUGAGUAAAACCUGUAAAACUGCCUAAUUUUUUUCAUUACAAAAGGAAAAAGUAUAAGCCUUAAAGGCAAAAAAUAUCAAACUCUAAAUAUUUAUGAAAGUCGCCGUUAAUUCAAACCUUUAAAUUUGUUUUUUUUGUAUGACAUCUUGAUACAAACAUGCAAAAGAAAAACAAGUAUAGACUAAAUUCGGUUAUAUUUACUUAUGAAACGUUUCUAUUUUUCUGAUCUAGUAACGAUGGAUACGUCAGGUUUCGUAGGCCCAUUUAAAUAGAUGAAUUAAUGAAAAAGUUCAAAAAACUGCUUCAUUGAUGAUCUUCUUUUGCCGGAUUGCGACGAUUUGUACACUCAACUGGAAAAUUUAUCCUAUAAAAAAUCGCUAGAUAAUAAAAUUCCUUCUAUCAGGGAGGGAAAGAUACGGAGACUUUUUAACAAAAGCCAAAUCGAUCUUCUUUUUUUUUUUAAUAUAAAGGAAUCUUAAGAAGUGUUUUUCGCUCACAAGGACAAUGAGUGGAUGAUCUUAAAAUAGAAGUAAAUGUAUACAACUGAAAAUACACUAUAAGAAGACUAAUUAGUGACAUUCAUCAAAGAUCUUAGGAAUAUGAAGAUGGAGAAAUACGUCAUGUUUACCAUUUCCACAUAAGGAAAACUCGACUGCUUACUCAAAAAUUUGAUUCUAAUACUUAAUAAUCUCUUACUUCUCCAAUUAAUAUGAAAUUGUAUCGAAAGCUUCUAACCAAU